AUGAACCAAAAUUAUUCGCCUGGCCAUGAUAGUGCUGAUAGUCCGAUACAACGCAGCUCGCUGCAUUACGCAACUCAGGUGCUGGAAAGCCCUCCUGCCAGUCAUGACCCGACAGAUGCCAGUGUCCCGGGAGGCGUUACGCUUAGGGAGAAACAGAUUUGGCAGUCACGGGAGCCAAUAGCGCUCUCUCAGGGCGAGCAGACUUUGUUCGAAUAUUUUGUGCAUCAAGUGAGCCCUUGGAUCGAUCUUUUUGACCCCACAAGUCAGUUCUCUACGUUUGUUGCGCAUCUAGCGAUACACAAUGCUGGACUUAUGAAUGCUAUACUCGCUCUUGCAUCCCGGCAUCUAGCAUUAAAUUCUUCGCUAGAUGAAGACAAUAUGCCAAAUAAGGAGGAAGCAGCUCUUCAAUAUUAUUAUCAGACUCUUUACUAUGUGCAAAGAGCUAUGCAAUACCCCAGCUACCAGACAAGUCUGGAGCUCCUCGCAACGACACUGAUCAUUUCCGCCUAUGAAAUGCUUGACAAUUCUACUAACGACUGGGAACGGCACCUUGAAGGAGUCUUCCUGAUCCAGAGGUCUCAGACCAUCCAUGGAGAAUCCGGUGGACUGCAUUCAGCUGUGUGGUGGGCAUGGCUCUGCCAGGACAUUUGGGCCGCUUUCCGAGAAAAACGCAAGACUUUCACGUUCUGGGUGCCACAGAAACCACUUUCUGCACUAUCACCGCACGAGCUCGCUACGCGCGCAAUCUACAUUACUGCAAAGGUAAUUAGCUACUGUGCUGAUGCCACAACUGAAGAAAACAUCCAGCGUCAAAUGCAUGAGGCAAUCCAUCUUCACACCGUGCUAGAUGACUGGCGACAACAUCUGACUGUUGAGUUUUCACCAUUGCCGCUUGGUUCGCGGAAACAGUCAACUUGUUUUAAACCGAUCUGGAUCCGCCCACCUGCAUUUGCUGUGGCGGUUCAGUUUUUCAGUGUAUCACACAUUCUCUUACUUGCUCAUGAGCCCAGCAUGCGAGGGCUUGACCAGUAUCUCGAGCGACAAUGCGUAAUAAGGCGAUGUGUGGAAAAUAUCUGUGGCAUUGCUAUGGCUUUGAAAGAUGCUGCUUCCAGCUUGAUGUCAUCGCAGGCUUUAUUUAUUGCGGGAAUCUUUACGUUCGAGAAUCAUGCCCGUCAAGCUAUUUUGGAGUUGUUGGAGUCCUGCCAAGAGCGAACUGGCUGGCCAGUUAAAUCGUUGGGAGUUGAGCUACAGCAGCUUUGGGAAGGCAUUGAGCUUGCCAAAACCGCAGCAGCCGCAAGGGUGUCCAUGUAG